AUGAAGGCAGCCGUUGUAGCAGCGGCCGCGGCCGUCCUCGCCGGCGGUGCGAGCGCCCACAGUCACCGUCACGCCCACAAGGCGCUGUUCCAGAAGAGGUCGCUCAACGACACCGAGGUCUGCGUCCCUACCUGCACCACCAUCUACAGCACCAUCUACGGCGAGGAGACCUGGAUCCAGCCCCCUCCCAAGUCCACUGAGGCUCCUGUUCCCGUCCCGGUCAUCACCACCACACCCGAACCCGAGCCAGUUGUUGUCCCAACCACCACAACCGAGCCAGCGAUCGUUCCCACACCCAUCCCGCAGAUUUGCCCGACCCCGGGCACCUACACCUUCCCUGCGACGACCAUCGUGGUGACUGAGACUACCACCGUCUGCGCCGCCUCCACCACCGAGGUCCCCAGCGGCACCCACACCCUCGGCGGUGUCACCACCGUCGUCGAGACCGCUACCGAGAUUGUCUGCCCCUACGCCACCACCGAGGUUGAGAACGGCGUUGUCACCAGCGUCAUCAAGACCACCACCUUUGUCUGCCCCUCGGCCGGCACCUACACCAUUGCCCCCAUCACCACCGUUGUCCCAAGCGUCACCACCGUUGUUGUGCCUGUCGUGACCACCUACUGCCCGGGUACCUACACCGCUCCUGCCGUUGUCACCACCAUCACCGAGACCAACGUUGUGGUCUACUGCCCAUUCACCUCCUCCGAGAUCCCUGCCCCCACUCCUCAGGCUGUCACCCCUAAGCCCCAGGCUGCCCCUGAGCCCGCUCCCGCUCCUGCCCCGGCCCCUGAGAAGCCCAAGGCUGUUGCCCCUCCUCCUGCCAGCACUCCUGCCAAGGGCAAGGACAGCGUGGGUGGUGGCAAGCUCGGCGGAAAGGGCAAGCACUGGGCCAUGACCUACACCCCCUUCCGCCCCGAUGGUCACUGCAAGACCUACAGCGAGGUUGAUGCCGAUGUCAAGAUCAUCGCCAGCAAGAACUUCGAGGCUCUCCGCAUCUACUCCACCGACUGUGACACCCUCCCCAACGUUGGUGCUGCCGCUGAGAAGUAUGGCCUCCGUCUGAUCAUUGGUCUCUUCGUCGGCAGCCCCGGUUGCGACAACGGCAACCCCACCAUUGCCCAGCAGAUCUCUGCUCUCAAGGAAUGGAAGAAGUGGCACCUUGUCGACCUUUGCGUCGUCGGUAACGAGGCUCUCUUCAACGGCUACUGCUCCGUUCAGCAGCUCGCCGACCUCAUUGUCCACACCAAGAAGGAGCUCGGCUCUGCCGGCUACACUGGCCCCUACACCACCACCGAUGUGCUCUCUGCCUUCGAGGCUGGUGACAUGUCCCCGGUCUGCAACGUCAUUGACGUUGUUUCCGCCAACGUCCAUGCCUACUUCAACUACCAGACCACUCCUGGUCAGGCCGGCAAGUUCGUUCGCAGCCAGCUCGACGCCGUCUCCAAGAUCUGCGGCGGCAAGCCUUCCUACUGCAUGGAAACCGGCUGGCCCACCUCUGGUGUCUGCAACGGUGCCGCUUGUGCCGGUGUUCCCCAGCAGAAGGAGGCCAUUGCCUCCAUUGAGCAAGAGAUCGGCCAGUCGGUCGUCUUCUUCUCAUUCCGUGACGACCCCUGGAAGAACCCCGGUGCUUGCAACUGCGAGCGGUCGUGGGGCUCUGACAAGGCUUUCGGCUACUAA